AUGGGGGAUGCGCUGCAAGAUGGUGCAGCCCAGGGGAGCCCAGCCGACGUCGGGGCGAUCCUGGGUGUGCUGCGCAGCGUUGGCUUGGUGGGGCCAAAACUGGCUCUCCAGCUCGGGGAGGAGCCGGUCCUUGCCAAGCAACUGGCAGAGAGGGCAGGCAUCCCUUAUGAGGGGUGGGUGCUAGACCUGGUUCGCGCUCAGGUGAAGGGCGCGUAUGACGACCUGGGCCUUGACAUAAGGUUGGCAGGUAGCGCAAAGACACCAGGGCAGCAGGCAGUAGACGAUGCAGUCCACUGCAUGACCAAGCCCCAAGCCUCAGCGGCAAGCUCAGAGGUGGUCCCGCAGAAGAGGACGUCAGUUGAGGUACCCCAGAGGGGAAAGAUGUUGAGGAUCCCGAAGGGGAAGCCGCUGCAGGGGAAGGCCGGGGAGCCUGAGGAUGAGGCCAUUCUACGGGUCUUGUUUGAGGAGUUGGAAAUGAUGGGGGCCCCAGUGGUGGCCCAGGUCCUGGCGACGGCGAACCCUGACCGGGCGAAGGCCGCGCUGCUGGGCAAAUACCGUGCCUCCACGGUCAAGAGGUACCUGGCCUAUUGGCAAGGCUUCAGAAGAUGGGUGGGCAAGGGCUACGGCAAACUACCUUGCCAAGGUGAGCAGCUGGUGGACUAUCUCCUUGCAAGGGAAGAGGAAGGGAUGGGACCGUCCGUCCCACUCUCUGUCGGGAAGGGUGUUGCCUGGUUUGAGAAGCUGGCUGGCUUCGACCAGGAACAGAUGAUCAGCGCAGCACCCUUGGUGGACACGGUCACAAGAGACCUCCUGAAGAAGUUGGAGGAGAAGGCACCGCCCAGGAAGAGGGCCCCAAGGAUGUUGUCGGCAUUCUUGCCGGCACUAGAGAGGCUGGUUGUCAACAAGGACCUGGAGCCGAGCAUCCGUGCAGGAGCAUGGGUGAAGUUGCUGAAGGUGUGGGCCUCAUUGAGGUUUGAUGAUGUGGCUCACAUGAAGCCAGAGAUGCUGAGGGUGUAUGACAAGAAGCUCUCUGGCCUCAUGAAGAGGACGAAAACGCCCGGAACAAGCUGCGGCGAACCGGAGGAUGGCCUAGUGAUGACGUACCAAGAGGCAGUGGCAUGGAGUACAGAGGUGAUGCAGGCUAUGAAAGAUUGGAAGGGAGAGCAGCUCAUACCACAUGGGUGGGAGCGUUACUGGACGGAGCACAGUGAGCGUGCAACCCUCUCCAGUGGCCUAGCAGCGCUGGGCACACCAAAGCCAGAACGUGACCUCUUAGGGAGGUGGACGCCUGAGGGUUCAGACCAGUAUGUCCGCACAUACAACGCGGCCAUCAGCCGUAUGCAGGAGAAGUUUGCGGAGCCAGUGAGGGACUGCUACGGCUAUGCAGCCUUUGAUGAGGGAGCCAUUUUGGAAGACCUCAAGGUGUGGCUGAGUGAGAAGUGGUCUGUGGAUGAGAAGGAGGCAGGCGCUGCAGUAGAAGCCUGGAAGGAGAGGUUGAAGCCCUGGAAAGGGUUCGUGAGCAUGGUGCAGGAAGGGGACCCACAGCCGAAGGAGCAACUGUCCUCGAGCUCUUCCAGCAGUAGCUCGUCAGAAGGCGAGGGCGAGACAGAACAGAAGAAGCGGAAGGUGGAGAAGCUGGAGGCAGAAAGGGAAGAAGGCUACAUAGUGGUCUACAAUAGGAUCAACCGAGGCAAGUUGCAUGUGGCUGGCAAGUAUGGGUGCUGGAUGGCACGCCAAAGGAAGUUCAAGCGGGCAGAGCUGUUCAACGAGCGGCCUGAUGAGGGGGCGUAUACUACGCAUUGUAGGCUUUGCUGGCCGGACCUCAAAGUAGGCUCGUCGUCGAGCGACUCAGAAGAUGAGUUGGUAGGCAAGGAUCCUGCGGCUGAGCCAAUGAGCGGCCAGUGGGAGCAUUUGUACAGAAAGGAGGCUGAGAUUGCGCAGGGUGGUAGUGAAGUCCUGUGGAGCCCACAGGUGGCGCCCGGCAUGCCGCCGAUCGUGCUCACAGAAGAGCAGCGGGCGGAGGCCUUGAGGAAAGGCAAUGCUGACCUCAAGUUUUUACUUGAGCGGAAUGAGGUGCCGCCAGAAGUGGCAGCUCAGUGGUUCCACGCUGGAGUCACUACCUUGGAGAAGUUUGCUAACAUAGCAAAGGAUGUCAUCGACCUUGCCUCGGUUCUAAAGGAACACCUGGGAGUGGACCAGGAUGCAUCCCUGGAGGCACGUGUGCAGGUGGCCGCUGUCACUUGUGCGUGGACGAACGCACGAACCAGGGUGCUGAGGGCGGCAGAGGUCGAGGCCGAGCUUGACACUAAGGAAUGGAGGAAGCCCAUCGCCACUACGGAGUGGUUAGCUAUGAGAACUGGGCUGGAGAAGGUAGUGGGUACCUUGGAUGAGCGCCUCACACCGGCGAAGGAAUAUGUAGAGAAGAAGUUACAGGAGGUAGAGGCCGGAGACUACAGAGCUGAGGAGAUGGCAGAAGUGGUGAGCCGAGAGGAGGUUGACCCGGACAGCCUUGUCCCACAGUGGGAUGCUAAGGGCAACAUAACCGUGAGAAAAGGGUCAACACGUGUCAAAGACCCGGAGAACCCAGAGGCGUUGAGGCACAGGCUAACAGUGAUGAGGAACGCCUGCCAGAUGGUGGCCCUCAGGCAUACGAACCGGCCUGAAUUGCAGGGUGACUACAUGAAGGUGUUUGAAGACUACAAGGACUACCUCCUGGGGGAGCACGUCUACGGUCUCAAUGCCCGGGAUGCCGACGGGAUGACGGUGGCCGCGCCACCAUUCCGGCUGGUCCUGGCCUAUGAGAGGGCAGUCAGGAAAGAGGCAGCCAAGAAGAUGAACCAAGAAGGUGUCGCCUUCCCAGUGGCCCUGAAGAUGGCGUGGAGGGACCCAACUACCAAAGAAAGGCAUUUCACGACGCCGCUAGCACUCGUGGCAAAACGCCCGGGCGGGCCCCAGCAGGCGCAGCAGUGGGAGGCGACAGCACCCAAGAAGCAGAAGUUCGAGGCGAAGGGCACCCGGGAGAAAGGCAAGGGCAAAGGCAAGCAGUUGGCAGGGUGUGCUUCACACAACAAGGAGGGCACGCCGAUCUGCUACAGGUUCAACACGGCAGGAGAGAAAUGCAAGCCCAAGAAGUGCAAGUUUGCCCACCAGUGCGGCAUAUGCUUCUCGGACAAGCAUGCUAUGUUCCAGUGUUCGGCGGGGAAGCGCCAACCGCCCGACACUGGCGGGCGGCUUGCAAAGAAGUUUCACUACAUUGUUGAGGUGGUGGAGGUGGACUUGCGGCAUAGUCGCAAGGCAGACUGCACACAGCCUGAGGUACAGAAGAAAUGGCUGCAGUUUAUAGACUCAGGAGCUGUGGACGCGCUGGUAAUCACACCGCCAUGCUCGACAUUUAGCCGGGCAACCUGGGCCAACGAAGAGGGUCCUUUCCCUCUGAGAUCCUCAGAGUGCCUCAGGGGUUUCACCUGGAAUUCUCCCCAAAGGAGGAGAAAAGCCACGCUGGGCAACGUUUUAGCAGACUUCUCCUUUGAGGCGAUGAAGCGGCAGCUACGCAUUGAGGGCAAACUGGCCUUCAUGGAACAGCCCGAGGAUCUUGGGCGGACGAACGGCCAGCGGAUUCCGGGGCAUCGGCCGGGCUCCAUGUGGCAGUUCCCACAACAUGAGGAGAUCCUCCAGCUCCCGGGGGUUAGAUCGGUCGCCCUAGCACAGCUCGACUUUGGCGCGGAGAGUGUCAAGCCGACACGUCUCCUUAUGCGCACCUCUGGGCAACUACACCCUGAGAUGUAUGAGGGCCUUCCGCAAUUGGAUGGAGAUGGUUGGUACCUGGGGCCACUCCCCAAGAAAGCUGGCAAGCCUUUAAUAGGCAAGCAGGGCGGAGCCUUCCGCACAGCUGGAGCAGCAGCGUGGCCAGCAGGCCUUUGUAGCUGGGUGGCGGAACAAAUCCUGGCCGCGUUCCAAAUGAACAGUGAGUCAAGGGGUGGCCAGGUAGGUGAGGAGAAGAAGAGGGGAGCUGCAGCAGAAGUGGAAGGAGGGCAGGGGCUUCCCAGAUGUUGCACUUGGAAGGGCAAUGCCGUGCCGUUCCACGAUGGAGGCUGCCUGAUGUCCCCUGGAAGGUGGGAUGUAGAUAAGCGGGUCUUCCCACAGGACAAGGAGUGGAAGAGGCUGAGGCUGAGGCUGAGGAGUAUUAUUGAAGAGGCAGCAGGCGGAGAGACAGGCCUGGAAAAGGAAUGUUUUGCGAUGGCCACGGGAGAGAAGGGGUGCAGGCUUGUCCAGGACGAAGAGGUGAGGCAGCGGCUGCUGAAUGUGCUGGAGGAGUUCUGCAGGAGCAAGGGAGCGAGAGGAGACGUCCUGAGAGUCGCGGAGGGCCAGCCAUUCAGACUAGAGCUGAUGAGGCAGCUUUUGGAGUACGCCGGUGACAAGGACUGUGAGUUCUUGGCGGCGGCAGAGGAGGGCCUCCCCCUGGGGGUAAAGAAUCCCCUCCCCCGUACACCCUCCGCCUUCGAGAGGCAGGUGGAGUGGGCUCUGAAAUACGACCCCCUGGUUGCCUGUCUGACAGAGAGGCCGAACUACCCAUCUGCCAAGGAGCAUGAGGCCCAUUUGAGGAGCCACCUUGAAGAGGAGGUCAAGGAAGGCCGGAUGUCGAGGCCGGAAUUUGAGCAAAGGUUUGGUGAGGAGAGGGCGGUCGCGGCCUUGGCAGUCCUGGUCGAGGACGAGAUCACUGGAAAGAGAAGGGUGAUCCAUGAUGGCUCGCAUGGAGCCCACAGGAGAUUCAAAUAUGUGGAGGAAGAGCAUGGGUACCUGGCGUGCAAGGUGUCAGAGGAGGACCCAUGGAUCUACGUGAACCGGGUUGGCACCUUCGGGGUAGCCUCCACGCCGUAUUGGUGGGGGAGGCUGAGUGGUGCGUUGUUGAGGCUAGGGCACUGUCUUGUUGGCCCAGCCCCGUUAGAGGCGCUCCUCUAUGCGGAUGACCUGGAGACCAUGGGAAUUGGCAAAGAAGGAAGGAGGUGCCAGGUGCUGAUGUUUGUGCUGCUGGCGGCCCUAGGAGCGCCUUUUAAGUGGAAGAAGCAGCGUGGCGGUAUGACCACGGAAUGGAUAGGGCUCACCUCAGACUUUGGGAGGUACUCUAUGGGCCUAUCUGAGAGGAGGGCUGCAUGGCUGGUGCAGUGGAUUGGUGGCCUCUGCAGCAAGAAGAUGGUGUUGCCCAGGGAGUUUUCAGCUGGGCUAGGCAGAUUAGGAUUCGCAGCGACAGUGCUGCCGUGGGAGCGUCCUUUUCUUGGCCCUCUCUACACCUGGGGAGCGGCGAUCAGGGAGCAGAAGGGCGAAGUUUACGUUCCCUGGGCCGUGCUCACGAUACUUGACUGGAUAGCUGGGAGGCUGAGCAGUGGUGGCCGCAUGGAAGUGGUGAAAGACGACCAUGGAGAGGACGCGAGUGGUUUGGCGUUCUAUACAGAUGCCAGAGCAUCAGAGGUGGACGCAUGCAUAGGGGGGUAUUUAGCCUCCUCUACUAACAUGAAGGAGUGCCCGUGGUUCAGCUUCAGGGUGGAUGAGAGGAUGGCGCCGUGGUUGAGGAAGAGGGGCAACAACCCAAAGAGGAUGAUCGCGGCGCUUGAAUUGCUAGCGACCCUGGUGGCUCUGAAGCUAUGGGGCGGUAGAGGUACCGGGGGCAUGAAGGCGAGGGCAAAGGCCUUCACGGACAACAGAGGUAAUGCGUUUGCUGUGGUCAAGGGUAUGAGUACAAAGUACCCGUUGACCCUGCUCCUGAUGGAGCUCACUGAGGAGCUGAGGUCGAGGGACAUGAGGCUGGAUUUGGAGUGGAUCAAGAGGGAUGAGAACACGCUGGCGGAUGCCCUCAGCAAUGAGGAUUGGUCCGAGUUUGAUGAGAGCCUGCGAGAAGUGAGGAGACCUGAGGAGAUAGGCUGGAAAGUUUUAGACCAGCUCCAAGUGAGGAGUGAUGAUCUCUACAGUGAGAUCCAGUCCCUCAAAGAGCAGCGCUCUUUAGGGAAGGCUAGGACACCAUUGUCACGUGAGUCCCGCGUGUUGGCCUCCGCAUCUGGAACCCUUCCAGAUGCGCAGGCGAAGUUGAGCUCCCCGGAGCCCUGGAGUUGCUCCGGAGCUCGAAGUGGAUUCGGCGGUCCGGUCUGGAUCUUGGGCCUGGUGGCUCAUGUUGCUGCCGAGAAGACGGUAGCAUCGUUGCGGAUCAAGCAAAGUCCAGAUGAGGUGCUUGGAGCCUAG